AAUUACUUCUAGUCACUAUGUUUUGAGUAAAGAACCUGCACAUAAUACCUUUUAAAAAUGUUUCUCGAAAUGAAAAUAUGUGCCACGCUGCUAAUUUUAAUUAAUGUAAAAACUUCUUUCGCUGAGGAAGAUGAAGUGCCGGUUGUAAAACUACCCCAGGGACAAAUUCAGGGGCACACAUUACGUUCAUCCCUAGGAAACAAACUUUAUUACGCGUUUCAAGAAAUUCCAUACGCGGCUCCUCCAAUUGGUACACUGAGAUUUAAGGAAGCAACAGAACCGGAAAAAUGGAAAGGGAUAAAAAAUACCACCCACAAUACACGUUCAUGCUAUAUAAAUGGAUACACUGUUGAGAUUGCACCAGGCGUAACUGAAAGUGAGGACUGUCUGUAUCUUAACGUGUACACGCCCGUGAAACCAGGUUCAAAUUCUUCAAUUCCGGUCUUAUUCUGGAUUCAUGGAGGAGGAUUUUAUUUUGGGGAUGGAACUUUCCCAGUUUAUGGGCCACAGUAUCUUAUAGACUUUGAUGUCGUCGUAGUCACCAUCAACUAUCGCUUAGGUGCUUUUGGUUUCCUGACAACAGAAGACGACGUUAUUCCCGGAAAUAUCGGCCUGAAGGAUCAACAUUUUGCACUACAAUGGACAUACUCAAACAUCAAUCUAUUCGGUGGAGACCCAAAACAAAUAACAAUCGUUGGAGAGAGCGCAGGCGGAGCCUCCGUGGGUUACCACCUGAUCAGCAAGAAGACAGCCGGACUGAUCGCUGGGGCUAUUCUACAAAGCGGCACAGCUAUCUGUUCAUUCGGCUAUCAACCAAACGGAAAUUACUACGCCUUCGAAAUGGGCAAGGCCUUGAACAAAAAUUUUACGUCUGAGAAGUCAUCGGAUCUCUUAAAAGUAUUGCAAGACGCUGAUGCUCAAGACAUCAACGAAAUCUCUCUUGAAGUUCCUGAAGACAAGGAAAGAAGAAUUGGCGGUGGUUCCCUAGUGUGGGUGCCUGUGGUGGAAAGCGAAGAACUUGAUGGAGCUUUUAUUACUGGUCCAAUGCACAACGACAUCAAGGAGGGCAAUGUAAAUAAAGUGCCGGUCAUGAUCGGGUAUAAUUCCGAAGAAGAGAUCGUGUUUGGAAGUGUUGACGAUUUUAAAGAAAAGGCUGCGAAAUUGGACGAGGAUGAUUCACAAAUCGUAGGUAACGUGUAUAAUAUUGAUGACACAAACAAAGAGACUGCCGGACAACAACUGAAGAAACUGUACACAAAGACUACCUUCGAGGAUAAUUUGAGCGCUCUAGUUAAGUUCAAGACCGACUCUGAUUUUGCAACACCGAUAAUACGCCACGCCGAGCUGCACUCCAGCUUAGCAGACGUCUUCUUGUACCAGUUCUCGUACAAGGGAAUGAUGGG